AUGGAUAGUGCGAAUCGCGAGCCGGCCGCUACCGUUGAGGCCAACAACAGCCCUCCCGUGCCUGUCCGGGAUGAAGAAGCCAUUGGGGAACAGCCUGAAAAGUAUGAGAAGCACGCGCCAGCAGACACGGGAGCGUCUCCGCAGUCCACUGCCUCCGUAUUCCAGACAUUCACCGACAGAGCAUUACAUUUCCUAUCACAUGCCAGCAACGAAACGCUGGGAGCUUGCCUAGCUGGUCUGGGCGCAACAACAUACUUGGUUCUUGGAAGAGUCGGUUUGGUGAUCAUUGGUGCCGCAGGUGGUGUGGUGCUGCACGCAACAUGGGAGGGCAUUCGUGGAGACACACGCGACGAUGCCACGAAGCAGGCAGAGCAAGAGCGUAGACGAGAGACCGGUGUCGAGGUUGCAAAGCGCGUGCUGGACUGGAGGAAGUCAGCCAAGGCCAAUGAACAGCAGGAGGAUAUCCGAGUGCAUGCCAGUCAGGCAUUGGACUAUUCGUCUUUCGGACCGGAAACUGCGGCUGCACUGAACACCUUCACGGACGCCGUCAUCAAGGACUAUGUCCACUACUGGUACGAUCCUGCGAUUCCCAACGAGCCAAGCUUCCCGACCUCCUGCAGGCGGACAUUCACAGCUUUCGUCCUGUCUCUCUCAAAUCACCUCGGGCAUAAACGACCCGCCGACACGUUCAUGGACUUCCUCACCAAUGCUAGCUCAAUUCUGAUUGUGUUCUUGCAGGAUCUUGCCAAAGCCCUGAACGCAUCGCCCAACCGCUCCGCGGAAGAAGCGGUCUCUGCAUACCUGAAGAUGAAGCCGGACUCAAGCCUGUCCUACAUGCUUGACCAAGAUGGCCAGAAACUGAAGCUGUCCGACAUCGCCGAGGACAUGCUGCAGUCCUACCUCGAUCCCAAAUCGUACAAUUGUCCGCCUGUCCAUAUUUUUCUGAAAGAGGUCUUGGCACAGUUGGUGCUUGGAUAUACGGUCACAAUGUGCUCAGACCCUACUUGGAUUAAUGAGUGGAUUGUCUAUGGUUUGGAAGAGUCUGAAACAACGAAGGAAGUCAUGGAUAUCGUCGAUGCCGGCGUCGAGGGUAGAUCGGCCGCAGAUCUACAGAAGCCGGCCGAUCAGAUUAUACAAGGACAAAGCCCUGUGAAGAGCAAGAAAGAAGGAGCAGUCAAUGGAACAUCUUCUACCGCGGCCCAUCGAAGGAAGAUGAGCAAGGCGGAAGAAGCAAUGGACGAAGCCAUGCGAGAGGCUCGGAGAUUGACAGAAAUGAUGAUGGAGGAUGACCGUCGCAGGACCCAGGAUGAUGACAAGAGGCAAUCUACGUCAAUCAACGGCGCCGAAGAUAGCUCAGACGGAGCUACGCAAGGCGCUCCGACGCCGUCAUCAAGUCAGAGUGGCCGAGAACGACAGGAAGAAGAGUCCACGACGUCGACCGAGAGUAGCAAGCCUACUGACGAGAGGCGAAGUUCUCAGUUUACAAGUUUCGCUCAAUUGGUACCCAAUGCAGCCCCGACUGCCUUGGCUGCAGAGAACAAAACUCCACCACGGCCGAUACUUACACUGCAUAACGCAAACAUUUCAAUUUUCGACGAUAGCGGUCCUGGUGAGAAAGUCUCUAUCAAAGCAAAGCCGACUACAGACUAUUUGGUUCAGAUUGAGCCGGCAUCCCAGGCGUUCCCGGGAUGGAUGAUCUCAAGGAAGUACGCGGAUUUCGAGAAUCUACACGAAGUGCUCAAACGUCUCUCCGCUAUCACCGGAGUAAGUUUCAAUGAUGCACAUGCUGAAUUGCCGAAAUGGCGAGUACACACCAAGGCCUCGCUACGAACAGAGCUAGAGCGAUAUUUGACCAAUGCCGUGCGCUAUCAGCCUCUUGCUGAGAGUGAGGGAAUGAAGCGCUUCUUGGAGAAGGAUCAAGGUCUGCAGAAAUCACCGAGCGGAGCUGUCAAGGGUUUCGGCUGGCCGACACCUGACGCUUUCGGCAAGUUCGGAGGAGAUAUGAUGAACGUGCUUACCAAAGCUCCUAAGCAGGUCGCAGGUGGCGUUGCAGGGGGAGGUAAAGCAGUUUUUGGUGGUGUGGCAGGCCUCGUAGGGGGCGGAAAGAAACCAAACACCUCACAGACGAACCUGAGCAGAUCAACAACCAACGGUAGCCUUGCGGCAGGCACAACGACCCCGAGCUUCGACCCGCGGCCAAGCUUGAGCAGUGAGCAUUCUUACAUGACCGACCCCAUGACCGGUAGCUUCAUGGGCUCGGUGCCCUCGGCAAGAGAGAGUCAAGAGUCAUUGCGAGCUCCUCCACAACCUCUGCAGGAGCAAAGACGUGGAAGUGCUGCGACUACUGGCAGCAUGGAAGUCAAAUCAAGACCAAGUGUAUCCCCCAGCAGACCUGCGAGUAUCAUGAGCCAGAACGAUUCGGCUUCGCUAGCAGGUUCUUCUGCACAGUUGCCUCCAAGAACGGCCUCACUUGACGAGACGAUCAACCUGCCACCGCCACCAUCAGAAAUGCCAGCAGAUUACGACUCGCCGAGUUCGCCGAGCCGUAAGAGCGUUGACACCUUCCACUCGGGGAGUCUCGACCCCAGAUUGUCAAAUGUGACAAGCUCAGACAGCGUACCUCCGGCAACGUCAUCUCGGCCUCGGAGGCCGGAUGCCCCUGUUCAGCGUCCGAUUAGCGAGCAAGAGACCUCUCACGCUAUUGAGCUGAUAUUUGCGGUCAUAUCAGAACUUUACACUCUCUCAGGUGCGUGGCAGAUCCGUCGCACGCUUCUCACUGCAGCGAAGACUUUUCUUUUGCGCCCGGGUAACCCGCAAGUCAACACCAUACGUGACCUUCUGCAGAAGUCUUUGUUGGACGAGAACCUCAGCGACUCUGGUCUCGCUCAUCAUAUCUACAAGCUAAGGUACAACGCGCUGCCCACGCCCGAGGAAAUGGAAGCUUGGAAACGGGACUACCCAGAGAAGACUCCAGAGCAGAAAGAGGAGCUCCGCAUCAAAGCAAGAAAGCUUCUCGUCACCAAGGGCAUGCCGCAAGCACUGACAAGCGUGAUGGGUGCUGCGGCGAGUGGUGAAGCACUUGGCAAAGUAUUUGAUGGCCUACAAGUGCCAGAAGUCAGCCGUGGCCUGGUAUUCGGACUCAUGCUCCAAGCUUUGAGAGUGGUGACACAGUGA